GGGCCUUCAAGUUGUAUGACGUUGACGAUGACGGCUUUAUAACUCGUGAGGAAAUGUACAGCAUAGUCGAUGCCAUCUACCAAAUGUUGGGGUCGCAGGCAAGAGAAGAGGAUGAAGAGGAGUCUCCUAGACGACGAGUGGAUCGUAUCUUUGAACAGCUUGAUAAGAACAACGAUAACAGGCUAACGAUUGAAGAGUUCAAGGAAGGAUCCCGUCAUGAUCCCAAAAUUGUUCAAGCUCUUUCUCUGUACGCUCCUUAACCCUAAUGUGGCCUGUUUAACGUCAGAUACUCUGUCCAUGGUAUACUGAACUGUACAAUGUUUUAAGCACUGAAAAGUACUUCUCAUCGUGUAGUUGUUUGAAGUUACCUGAAAGAAUAUAUUCUAGAUAAACCUAUCAGCCUACAUUCACAUCAGCUAAAUCUAACAUACUACAUCUACUCCAACUAAAUCUAACAGUUUAAACCAACUUCGGUUAAACCUAACAGUCCACACCUCCCCAGUUACAUCUAACAUGUUGUACCUACCCCAGAUAUAUCUAACAUAUUACACCCAUCCCAGCCAAAUUUAACAAGUCAUAUCCAC